AUGGCCCGUGUACUAGGACAGAGCUGUCAGAUGGUGAAUGGAUCUCCGGGCUUUGUCAGGUUAGAGUCAUAUAAAUCCUGGUGCGAUCCUGAAGACCCGAGACGGUGGUUAGCAUCGACAACUAGAGAAGAUCCUGGAGCAACUCAAGAAUAUAGGAUGAAUUCGACUAUUACGAAGGGGUUCCUCGAAGACUUACCAGCUUGCGCCGCCAAGUGUGUCACAACGGCACUCGAAGCAACCUCUUGCACAGUCACCGAUCAGACAUUCUCUCGUGUGUACCUGAAUUGGGUCUCUGUAAGCCAGACCGUUCGCCACGUCCAAGUACUUGGAUUGACUGAUAUAGCAUCCACCAACAUGACCCGAGCUGUGUGCGGCAUUCCCGAGGAUAACGAAGCGGACUUGACCCCAGCGUUGGCGGGCUCGCUGGGCAUGCUCGCAUUGAUCAUGGUCAUCCUGCGCUGGUCGCAGCGGAUCUUCGUGAAAAAGUCCCUUGGCUGGGACGAUGGUUUAAUCUUGAUGGCAUUGCUACUCCUACUCGCCGAGGUGUUCUAUAUGCCAUCUGAAGCGUUCACCCAGCUGUCCUUCCUGGCGUUCUACCUUCGGAUCUUCCCCCCUUCCAAAUACCGCUACUUCGCAUACGCCCUCGGCGCCAUCUCGAUUUGUUUUGGGAUAUCAAACACCUUCAUCAUGAUCUUCCAGUGCACACCGGUGUCGUAUUUCUGGACAAACUGGACGGGCGAGACGACGGGCUCCUGCAUCGACAUCAGCUCUUACUCGUGGUACCGGGCGGCCAUGCAGAUCGCCAUGGAUCUUUCGAUCAUUGGUCUUCCUCUGUGGCCUCUGUCCAAACUCUCGCUCAGCAAGAGAAAGAGGACACUAGUGCUUCUCAUGUUCUGCACUGGCUUUCUAAUUACCAUCGUCAGCUGCCUGCGCUUACAGUCGCUGGUCAAGUUCUCCAAGUCCUCAAACUUCAGCAUGGACAACAAUCCCGCGAUCCACUGGAGCGUCGUCGAGUGCGAUGUGGCCAUCAUCUGCGCGUGCAUGCCAUGUCUUCCCUCCCUCCUGAAGCCGAUUUUCCCCGCCUGCUUCGGAACGACGAAACAGUACCCCAGCGACGAAAAUGACACGCCGCCCGCCAUCCGCAUGAACCGGGUGAAGAAGGAGGAGUUCAGUAUCCUGCACACGACCGCUUCCGAAGACGCCCUGGUCCACGGGCGGUGA